UUGAAACGGGGUGAAGUUGGGAGGUGGUUUCUUUCGCAAGAUGGCGGCGAGCGGCCUCCGCCGGGCUGGUGCUGCGGCCACCACCUCGGUGAAGCCCAUUUUCAGUCGGGACAUGAACGAGGCCAAGCGGAGGGUGCGCGAGCUCUACCGCGCCUGGUAUCGGGAGGUGCCGAACACUGAUGAGAAAACUGAGGCACAUAAACUUGUCUCACAUCACACCAUUAUGCAUUUAUUCCAGCUAGACAUCUCUGUGAAACAGGGACGGGAUAAAGUCCGAGAAAUGUUUAUGAAGAAUGCCCACGUCAUAGACCCCAGGGUGGUUGAUCUUCUGGUCAUUAAGGGAAAGAUGGAACUGGAAGAAACAAUUCAAGUGUGGAAGCAGCGGACACACGUUAUGCGGUUUUUCCAUGAAACAGAAGCACCAAGGCCAAAGGAUUUCCUGUCCAAGUUCUAUGUUGGGCACGACCCGUGAAAUCACUCAAUGGAAAAGUGCAUGUUGAUAUUUAAAUAUUUUAGAGCACAAAUAAACUCAAUAUAUGAUGGUCAUUUCAUGAUAGAAUUCCAUUGGUGAACCAA